AUGUCGGCUGCAGCUUGUAUCUUCUGCCGCAUCAUCCGCGGCGAGAUUCCGUCUUUCAAGCUCCUCGAGACCGAAAAGAUAUUCGCCUUCCUCGACAUCCAGCCGCUGUCUAAAGGCCACUGCGUACUCCCCCCUCCCUCUCUCUACACUCCAAAAGCUAAUACCACACCACCCCCACAGCUUGUGAUCCCGAAGACUCACGGCGAGCGCCUACACAACGUUCCCGACGACGAGCUGGCAGAGCUGCUUCCGGCGGCCAAGAAGCUGGCACUGGCGACGGGCGCGGUUGAUUAUAACAUUCUGCAGAAUAAUGGAAAGAUUGCGCAUCAGGUUGUGGGGCAUGUGCAUGUUCAUAUGAUUCCGAAGCCGAAUGAGAAGGAGGGGUUGACGGUGGGAUGGCCGGCGAAGGAGACGGAUAUGGAUGCGCUAAAGGCGCUCCAUGAGAAUAUCAAGGCGAAGAUGUAG